UGUUUGUUUGCAAGAUAAUUACAUUUUUUUUCUCUCUUGAGUAAGAAAGGGUGGGGGGAUAUUAGUUAUGGCUUUUGUAGUUUCAUUGUUGUUGGCCAUCUUUGCCAUGGCUUUUUUCACUGUUCAAGCUCAAGAAUUUGCUCCUGCUCCUGCCCCUACUAGUGAUGGAAUAUCUGUAGAUCAAGGGAUUGCAUAUGUGUUGAUGCUGGUGGCUUUAGUUCUAACAUAUCUCAUUCACCCUAUGGAUGCUUCUUCCUACAACUUCUUCUAAAUUUAGUGUCAGUUAUAACCUUUAAAUUAUGUUGCUUUUUUGGGGAAAUGGUUGUAAUCAUUCUUCAUAUGGAUUUAAUUGGUUAAUCCAUUCAUGUUUAAUUUAAUUUCUAGUAAAUGGUAAUAUAUUUAGUUGUCUUUUUC